CUUUGAUUUGAUUGGCUGACGAUUCACUGCUGAUACAGGAUCCACUGCGGAUUGGAUGUGCGGUAAGAUGGUGGGGUUAGACAAGUUAUGCCCUUCGUGGAUUCCCAUUGAUGCGACAAGAAAUGAUUUUCCGGCCUAUGUAUUCUAUAACUUGCGUCCUAACGUAACUCCUCGUAACGUUCCUCACGUUAACUGUAACUCAUGUAACUGGUCUGUGAUAGUAACGUGACGAACGUGGUUCGGAAGUAAUUAUCUUUAAAUGUUUUAGAAACCAAUUUUGGAAAAAAUUAAGUGGUAUGCAUUUUUGUGAUAAGCACCGAUUAAAGAAAUUAUCACAUUACAUUAAAAAUGCAAAAGGAAGUAAACAAUAUAAUAGCAGAAUCGUUGAAAAAGGCAUGUGAUCAUGACAGAACUGGAAAUGUAGGAAAGGCAUAUGCAUAUUAUACAGUUGUAGCUGAAUUAAGUCCAUCAAAGAGAUUGGAGAUCGAAGAAGCUUUUGUUAACGUACUUUGUCAAUGGGGAAUGCAACUUGCAUGUGAUCAUAGAUUUGCAGAUGUUGUUUUAUGUUACACGCGUUCUUUAGAUAUUUAUCCAAAUAAUCCACGUAUGUUAAAUAAUUUUGCAGCUCAUCUUUUAAGGAAUAAUGAUCCAAUAAGGGCAAUAAGAUAUUUAAAAAGAGCUCUGCAAGCCAAUCCAAAUUUUCUACCAGCAGAAAGAAAUUUACAAAAUGCAUUUAGUAUGGCUGUAGAUAGGUGGCACUUUCCAAUGUUGAAUGAUAAACAAAGGAAUAAUGCUUUUGAAUGUGCAAUACGAAAGAAAAUUUCUGAAGGAUAUGACACAGUAUUAGAUAUAGGGACUGGAACAGGGUUAUUAAGUUUAUAUGCACAAAGUGCUGGCGCUAAAAAAAUUUAUGCAUGCGAAUAUUCAGUGGCAAUGAUAAAAAUUGCUGAGAAAGUAUUUGAAAGUAACAAUCCUAAAGAUAUAAUUUUAUUGCCCAAAUUAUCCACAGAUCUUACAAUACCUGCUGAUAUUACAGAGAGAGUAAAAUUGAUAGUGACAGAAACAUUUGACGCCGGUUUAUUUGGAGAACGUGUAAUACCAUCUUUAUUAAGUGUUCACACAAAUAUCUUAAAUAGAAAUGGUAUAAUAAUACCAAUGAGUGCUACACUUUAUGUAGCUGCAGUGGAAUGUGAAUAUUUGAGAAACAGGUCAUCUGUAGAUUUUGAACAAGUAAAGAAUUCCUGUCCUUUAAUUUUUGAUAAUAUAUCUAUAUUAUUAGACGAUGAAUAUUAUGAUACGGAACAUUUGAAAAAUGUGAAAGUUAAUUAUAUUACAGAACCUAAAGUUCUAUUCACUGUAGAUUUUAAUGAUAUAACGAAUUUACACAAAUUUAAUGUGGAUGGAGUAAAGAGUAAGAUAAAUGUAAAAUGUGAAUAUGACGGUAUUGUAGAUGGUUUGGUGAGUUGGUUUAAGUUACACCUUGACGAGGAAAUAACAAUUGAUACAUCGGAUAGAAAAACCUGCUGGCAAACUGCUGUUUUCCCAGAAGUACCUACGCUAUUUAAGCAAGGAGAUGUAUUAACAAUUCAUGGAGAAAUAUUAAAAGGAAAAUUAAAAUGUUCUUAUGCAACAAAUAUUGCUCCAGAUACCAAUUAUAAUGAGAAGAAAUUUUUAUAUCAUUUACCGAAAGAAGUUAUAACAUUUUUAAAUGACUUUGAAUAUAUGAAAUUACUUACUGAAGUUAGUAAGUCAUUAACCAAUAAAGAAAUCAAUAGUAUUUUGGAUACAUCUCCUUUUCCAGUUUAUGGACUAAUGUUACUAAAGGAAAAUAAAUACAGUCAAAUUUUAUAUUAUAAAACUGAAAAUAAAGUGCUUCGUCUCCUCAUAGAAGAAAUAGCAAACCAAAAUGGCUUUAAGGAGAAAAUUUGCAUUAUAGGAAAAUACAAUACUAUUAAAGUUUCAUUAGAUAAAUUAUUUGUUCAUGAUUUUGACAUUAAUGGAGAACUAAAAGAUCGUGAUCAAGAACACAGUCACGAAUUCUUAUUUUCUGAAGAUUUUCCAAAUAUGGUUUAUGUUAAAGAUGAAAAUUUACAAGGAGGAUCAACGUUAGUAUUUAAUAAAACAAAUUCUAAAAAGAGAUUUAAUAGCUAUCAAAAUAUACGGAAUACUUUUGAUAGUACAAAGCUAUAUGGAAUUGCUCAGCAUAUAAACGAAUUUAAGAUAAAUCAAUUAUUUGAUUUAAAUUCAAGUUUAUAUUUACACGAACCUGCAUCUGAUAUAAACAUAUUGAUAGAAAUGAAAGAUAGUGAAAUUACGGAACGCGUAGUAAACUUUGGCAAAAUAAAUGCAACAACUAACAGACCGUUGCCAAAUGCAUUGGUUUGCUGGUACAAAAUCAGAUUAACGUUGAACUAUAAUUACGAUACAAAAAGAAAUGGUUCCUUUAUGAAUCACACAGCAGUACUAUUGGAAGAUGAACUAAAAACCACUGCCCUACAAGGUAACGAAGUAUACAUAAAAGUUCAACAGGUCGAAGGUGUGGUGCGUAUAAAAGUAAAGUGAUCCUAGUAAAGUGUUCAAUUUUGUAUAAUUGCAAUCCACUUGAAAUGUACAUUUGUUUUACAUGUUUAAAUACUAUUCCAUACAUGUAUAUAAGUAAUGGUAUAAACUAUAAUUUUCGCUGUUGACUAAACUAAAUUUACUGUUAAAUGAUGUAUUAUGUAGUACAAAAAAUUAUUUUAUAAAAAUAAAAAUUUAUAAUUUA